AAGAGGCUGUGUUUUGUAAUCAGCUGAUGGAGUAAACAAACCGCAGAGAGACUACCAAAGCAGAGUAAAUUUCCGGGGAGGAGCUUCAGAUAAAAAGACCCAAGCUCCUUUUACAUUCAGCAGAGUUGAAAUUAUUAAAGCAGAAGCACAUAAGUAACAGGAAAACAAGCUCAACCCAUCACUAUUAUAAAGAUGUCUUCCACUGAAGAGGUGCCAUUCACUAAACAAAUGCGAAAUGUUACAAGAGAGAUUCACAAUGUCAGUGAUGCAUUGAUAAAUGCCAAACUUGGAAUUGCCAUGUCAGAGGAUCGAGUGUGGGCUGAAGGUCUCCUGAUAUUUUAUGAAAUUUUCAAAUACCUCGAAGAAGCUUUGGAUAGACUCUCACACACCCUUAUUAGUGAUCUGGACAUCCCAGGCAUGAGGCGAAAGGAAGCUUUUGAAAAGGAUUUAGCAUUCUAUUUAGGGAGUAACUGGAAGGACGGAUACAAGCCAAGGGAGAGCGUAUGCCAGUAUUUAAAACACCUUGAGAAGAUCGAGCAGGAAAAUCCAUACUAUCUUAUGUCUUAUAUUUACCACUUGUACAUGGGGCUCUUAUCUGGCGGCCAAAUUCUGAGACGGAAGAAGGUCUUGCUACAAAAAUUCUCCUUUUCUCGUAAGGAUUCUGUGGAAGGCAUGGCAGUGACCGAGAUUGAUACUUCAGUAUCCAGGUUGAAAAGGGAGAUGACAGAGGCCAUGAAUCGUAUUGCUGAGGAGCUCGAUGAGGAGACGAAGCAGCGACUUCUGGACGAGAGCAAGAUGGUCUUCAUUCUUAACAACAGUAUUGUUCACUCAGUGGAAGGAGCUGGUAGUGUUGUGGCCAUGAAAAUCCUCAAGUUUGCCUCUUAUGGGGUCCUUUCUGCAUUAUUAUUUGUUUACAUUAAGAGGAUGCUAGUAGGGUAAAAAAAGCCUUUGGUGAAGUUGAUGUAAAUAUGAACUUAGUUGGAGGAGCAAGUGUACAGGCUGUUAUACUGUUCUGUUCCAGUUAUUGGAAAUUUGAAUGCCCUCUCUAGGUUUUCCUGUAAAAUCUUCUCCAGGUUCUGUCUCAGCAAAGAAGAUUUAGAAGCUAGUACCGAGAACUGGCUUUUAGUGAUAAGACAUUCACAAGGACUUGAAAGAUCCUUGAAUGUAGAUAAACACAUGUAUUUUAUAUUGACAGAAGAUCUAGAGCUUAAGGGAAAUAGGAAAUAUUAAAAUGAAAUAAAAGCUU